CAGGCGCCGAUGUCUACAUUUUGGAUCCUUGUUGCCGUUACGCUACAACUUGGAUCGCAAUGGGUGGCCGCAAAAGAGAACAUCAAGACUUCGCCACGAUCGUCGGGAGAUGACGUCAUCGCUAUUGCGCAACAUCGUUCACCCCCGAUAUACCGGUCCAUGCCUGGCGUCUACCCGUUAGAAUACAAUGGACAACAGUCGCUGACAUGUGAUCUGUGCGAACCAGGUCAUUUUCUUGUCAAGCACUGUGACACUGAACAUGGCACGAUAUGUGAACAGUGUCCCCACAAUUUCUACAUGCGGUAUUACAACAACGGUGACAGGUGUCUCAGCUGCGGCGAUACCUGUGAUGAUGACCGUAACCUGGUCACCCUGCAGGAGUGUUCUCCAACCGCACCGCGGCGCUGUGACUGCAAGCCGGGAACAAGACAGGUGUACCGAGGGUCAAACGGACCUGCGAUGUGUUCGCCUGUUAAAACAGGCACAGGUACAACAGACUCCAAACAUGGCAAUGCUACAUCACUGCGAAAUCCUGACCACAAUGAAACAACACAGAAGACUACUACCAGCACUAGUAGUACAGGAAACACAACAAAAUGGGACUUAGACUCAUCAUUAGCCAAUGACACGCUGUCCUAUGACCUAGCGGAGAGUGAAUCAUUCGUUGUACCUCUUGCUGGCGGUCUUGCUAGUCUGGCGGGCAUUGCUGUGGCCGCUGUUGUCAUCGUGGCAUGCUGCAAAGACCAAUCUACUCCAAAUAAGGAGACGGAAAGCAACAUCAACAAAAACGUUGACUUGAGACAAGUAUUCAACUAUGUGGCUGACCAUGUCGGCAGUCGCUGGUCGCGUCUCGCAAGACAUCUGCCCGGUAACCUCCCGACACAGGCCGACCUUGACAGCAUCUACGAAAGGCAUCGUCCGGACGUUAAAGAAAUGGCUUUUCAGAUGCUCCUGAAAUGGAAGCAAAUGAACGGUAACAAAGCCUCCCUUGAGGGUCUUCAGCAGGGACUCCGCCGGUCCUUCCACCCCAUUAUCGCCCGUCAGGUUGGAAAAAUGCAGUGGCCCGAGAUGGUUUAGACGCCAAGACAUAAUAUGUGCCAAUUGAAGUAUUCUAUCGGUCAUGAUCUGUGAUGUAAUUAGGUAUUGAUUAGGUAUGACCAUAUUUGGAGUCAUGAUAAGUCAUGUAAGUGACCCAUCGUCUCUUCAAGACAGACAAUGAAGUGAUCAAAAGGUAUUGAGAGCUGAUUGGUUACAAAAGUCUGAAUAAGAAUAUGCGUAUCAGUAGCACAGUUACGGUGAGGGUCGCUUGUAGUUAACCCUAGUUUAUAGUUGUAUUUGUUAAGGUAGUUAAAGUUAUACAUGUAUGUGUCAAAGCGUGCAGCAACUCUAAAGGUAAAUGCCACUAAAGGUUUUUGGUAUUUACUUUUUAUCAUUGUAUUCCAUAUAGUAACCUAGACCAUGGUAUAUGCCGUACUGAAAGACACCUUGGGGUUGUAACUUAGCAUUGUAUCCACAUCAAACUUACGACCAUGUAAAUUAUCGAUACCCGCUAGCUUCAGUCGGUGUUACUAACAAAUAAAGUAAGCCAGAAGACGUAAUCCUCCGCACUAGUCCUCAGUUAUUACAAUGUCAUCUUAUACCUCAAAGAUAUGCAUUGUAAAAUAGUUUUCCUAUAAUAAUGCGUAAAUGCAGAGCUAAUACAGAAGUUGUAAGCGACUCGUUACAAUGUAUAUUUACGUUAACGUUACUCUUUAUGAAGUACUAGUACUUUCCUUUGUUUGUCACCCUGUCCCGGAAAGCAGUACAAACCAGUGCUUGGUUUAUCAGCUUAAUCCAAAGUCUGAAUGAAUGAAAUGGUAUAUGUUUAGACAUUACAGUGUUAGUAAUGGACAGGGAAUAAAUAUUACUUAUUAAUAAGUAAGUUAAUUUAUAUAAGUUAUUUACUGACCAGUAUAUCUUUAUUUUGUAUUUCUAAACUAACGGUAAUUUUGUUCCGCCUGUUCAUUGGUAAGUCACUGAAUUAAGAUAAAUAA